GCCGACUUUCGCCCGUGUAGCACGCGUUACUUCGUGUAUAAGGUGUUUUUUCAAAUUGUGAGAGUGUUUUAUCGUUCGAAUUAUGGACGCGGAAGUAUCCUCCACGUCAGAUGUUCCCGUGCGAGCUGUACAACGCAAGGGGAAGAGGAAGCGACGUAAAAGAUACGUGAAUAGUUCAAGAAAACGUGGUCGACGCGGGGGUGUGGAGCGCAGCGAACGAAGGUUGAAGAAGCUGAAGGAGUUGCUUUCCACUCAGGUUGGCACCGCGGCCCCCUCAUCGGCGUCAUGUCCCGACAACUACCCAAUCGCUGAUCCAACUCCGUCUGACAAAGACAUCGUCGAGCCUUCACCGAGCUCUCCUCCCUUCGAGGUCCUCGAUACCGAUAACCGUGCGAAGAUCCGCCCGCCUGAGGAUGCUCCCGCCGAAAUCCCGGAGGCCCACAUGCGCCACCAUUCCUCUGGUCAGGGGCAACUUCCCUGUCGCUGGUUCCUGCAUCCUGCGACCCGCACUUUCUGUAGCGCGAAAGUAGAGUUCAUAAUUUCUUUCAAAUCAAAGUAAUUUAAAACGUUUGUUUGAAACCGUGUUUACAGUAUUUGAAGUGUAAAUUGCAGUUAAAGCGGCUAAAAGCUAUAUCUUGCGAAAACUUAUCCAACUAUGUAUGUUUUUAUAGCGAUAUUAAGACAAUUUAAAUUGUAAACAAAGUCGGCGGUUGAAUAAACGUUGGGAAUCCUGCCAAACAUUUUCAAAACAAAGACCGCGACGUUUUUUCAUCUCCGAAAGAUAUAAAUGUAGCGACUCAGAGAAGUCAGUAACAAUAAUUACCGUUCGUCUAUCGAAUAUCAUUAAUUAAUUACCGUUCAUCAAGCGAAUAAUUACCAUUCGAAGUGUUAGUUAUCAUUUUGUCAACCGAAGAAUUUUAUAUCCGUCAGUCUGUCAGUCAAUUGUCAAUAUCGGAAUCGUGUAAGAUUUGAAUAAAUCAUCACAUAUUGUUAAUUCACUUUCGAACAACUUUAAUCCUCUCCCGUGCCAGUAUUCCCGCACAUAGCAAGUUAGCCGAAAGUG